CCGUUAUUGUUUAGUUAAAAAAAACUAGAAGUCAGCUUGUACAGCUGUACUUAUGAUGAACAUGUCUAUCAGAGCUAGAUUUGGUACUUCUGCAGUUCUGCUGGUUCCAGACAUGAAGUCAGAUUGUACGGAUAAAACAGUAGUACUACUCCGUACCAACAGUAGUACAGUAAUGUAAUAUGACUGUUACUCGUAGUUUGUGAAAAUCAGUUAAUUCAGUCAAAUGUUUCCAAUUUUCAGACUAACCAUUUUUCUGACAUCCUACAACCGAACCCACUUCAUAAACCGUUCACUUCAAACAUCCUCAGAUUCUUACAUCAAAUGCAUCGAAAAUUACACUCUAAAUCGAUCUUCGAUGUCGGGUAAAGCGUUACAUGCUCAUUUGAUCAUCAAUGGCUUAGCUAAUUUAAGUCAUAUUGCUUCCAAGCUCAUUGCAAUGUAUGUCGAAUGUCGGGAAUUGGGUAUUGCACACCAAGUGUUCGAUGAAAUGCCCGAGUGUAAUUAUCGACGAUGGAUAGCCCUUAUUGGGGCAUAUGCCAAAUGUGGGUUUUACAGGCAAGCAUUGGAUUUUUUAUGUGAAAUGGUUGCAGAAGGUGUAAAACCCAACAAUUUUGUGCUUCCUAGUGCUCUUAAAGCUUGUGGACAUCUGUUAGAAAGGCGGACCGGAGAGGAGAUACACGGAUUCAGUUUAAGGAGGUCGUUUCAUAAUGAUGUGUUUGUUGGUAGUGCUCUUAUAGAUAUGUACUCGAAAUGUGGGUUUGUUGAUAAAGCAAGGAAGGUUUUCGACAACAUGAUUGAGAAGGAUUUGGUUGCUCUGAAUGCUAUGGUUGCAGGGUAUGUUCAUGUAGGGUUAGUGAAAGAGGCAUUGAGUUUUGUAGAGAAUGUGCAAGUGAUGAAAUUGAGGCCUAAUGUGGUGACAUGGAAUACUUUGAUUGCAGGAUUUUCGCAAGCAGGGGAUAGUUUAAUGGUAGAUGAGCUUUUCCAAGUGAUGCGAGAUAACAAGAUUGAGCCAGAUGUGGUGUCAUGGACUUCUAUCAUAUCAGGGUUGGUGAAGAAUUUUAAAAAUGACGAAGCCUUUGUCACAUUCCAAAAAAUGAUGGAUUCUGGAUGUUUUCCGAAUACAAAUACUGUCAGCACUCUGUUAUCUGCUUGUGCUAAUGUAGCAAAUGUGUCAAGGGGGAAGGAGAUUCAUGGUUUUGCUUUGGGGGUUGAACUAGAGCGGGAUAUAUAUGUGCAGAGCGCGCUUAUAGACAUGUAUGCUAAAUGUGGAUGUAUAUCUCAGGCAUCAACUUUGUUUCAUAACAUGACUAGAAGGAAUACCCCUACAUGGAACUCGAUGAUCUUUGGAUAUGCUAACCACGGUUAUUGUAAGGAAGCAAUAGAACUUUUCAAGAGGAUGGAAAUUGAGGAUGCAGGGAAGCUCAGUCACUUGACAUUCACUGCAGUGCUAACAGCCUGCAGUCACGGUGGGAUGAUAGACCUCGGAAGAAGCCUCUAUGAAUCAAUGCAAGAGAAUUAUAACAUUAAGCCGAGACUUGAGCAUUAUGCAUGUAUGGUAGAUCUUCUUGGUAGAGCAGGGAAACUAACCGAGGCUUAUGAUUUAAUCAACGCAAUGCCUAUUCAACCUGAUUUGUUCGUAUGGGGAGCAUUAUUAGGAGCCUGUAGACAGCAUGGUAACAUAGAGCUAGCAGAAGUAGCAGCAAAACACCUGUCAGAACUCGAACCUAAGGGUUCUGGGACAAGUUUAUUGUCAAAUUUAUAUGCUGGAGCAGGAAGUUGGGGAAACGCCGCAAGACUAAAGAAGCUGAUGAAGAAGAAGAGAUCGAAAAAUUUUCCCGGGUGCAGCUGGAUAGAGGCUGCCUGAUACACAACAGCUUCCCUAAGAGGGGGUGAACAAGACAUCCUUAUAUUGUGCCUAAAUGGAAACAAUUUCUGUUGUUUAGAUUUUGUACCUAAGUGUAUUUUUACAUCAUCAUUAUCUAGAAUGUCACCUUUGACAACUCAAAAGGUCAGUUUAUCCACUUAGAAAAUAAUUUAAGUUAGUAGGGUAAUGACUCUGAUGAGCAAGUACUUUAUUUUUGUGCAAAUUUCCUAACAAAAAGCAACACUGUUUUUUGGAAUUGUGUCAUUUUUGGGUUUGUUUCGUUUUUAUUAAUUAAUCCUUUCCACU